AUGGGUUGGAACACUAUGUCUUCAAACAAUAUGCUCCCCCAGGAGGCUUACUCUGACUUGUUGAGUUUCACAUUUGAUGGCCCAAAGCCAUACAACCAGAAUCAACCACUGUUCAUUGAUGCCGAGGAUCCUUCCCGGUCAUUUACAGCAGCCCAAUUCCGACAACUAGUCCGGACCCUGAUCGCUGGUUUGAAAGCCCAUAAUGUCCAGCCAGGGGAUUGUGUAUUGCUACACUUGGGAAAUAGCAUACUAUAUCCCGCACUCUUCUUCGGUAUAAUUGGAGCCGGCGGUGUCUAUAUGGGAUCAAACCCCCGAAGCCACCCCCAAGAACUCGAUCACAUCCUCAGCCUCGCCGAGCCUAAACUGAUCCUCACAACGCGCGAUGCCCUGCCCUCCAUCCUCGAAGUCUCCGCUGGCCGAGGCAUCCAUCCAGCGCAGGUCUGCCUCGUGGACGAGCGAGCCAUCGACCACUGCGCACAACUAUUCCUGUGGUACGAACUAGGGUAUUCAUCGGCAGGACAAUUCUGUGCAAUGAAUGAUGCACGUCACAACAAUUUCGCGAAUUUACUCUGUUUCGGCGAAAGCGACUGGCUGAAGUUCGCCGACCAUGUCGUCGCACAAGCCACGCCUGCAGCCAUGUAUCCGACCAGCGGUACUGGCGGACUUCCCAAAGCAGCAAUCCUGUCCCACUAUGCGCUUGUUUCACAGCACCGCACCAUUUACUACGAAGUGCCGCACCCAGUUAGCCGGCUCAUCUCGCUGCCCAUGUUCCAUCUGUUUGGUGCUCUUUGGACGCAUCUCUUCCCUGUUCGCUACGGACACCCGCUGUUUGUCAUGCCGCGCUUCGAGGUCAAUGAUUUCUUGGCUGCUGUCCACAAAUACCAGAUCUCCGAGACUUACCUGGUCCCCGCUAUCAUUCAUGCUAUUAACCAGUCGACCGUGCCCAUCGGUGAUCGACUGUCAUCGCUGCGCUAUGUUGGUGUCGCUGGCGCUCCUAUUGAUGGCCAUUCCAUGCAGGAGUUCCGCAGCCAUAUCAACCCUAUGGGAUAUGCUUGCCAGAUCUGGGGCAUGACCGAGGUCGGUGUGGCAUUCCAGACUCGCUGGGGCCAGCAAGGUGACCCUGGAAGUAUUGGCAGGUGUAUUGCCGGGUAUGAGGUCCGCUUGGUGGAACAUGAUGGGAAAAUUGUGCAGGGUGAUAACUGCUCGGGUGAACUGUACGUCCGUGGACCAGGUCUUCUCACUGCAUACAAAGGCCGCACAGACGCAUUGGAGCCACAUGGAUGGUUCCGAACGGGAGACAUAGCGUAUGUCAAGCAAGGCCAGUAUUAUAUUGUUGGACGGACAAAGGAGCUUAUCAAAGUACGAGGAUGGCAAGUAGCCCCAGCCGAAGUCGAAGGUGUCCUCCUCCAACACCCGGGAAUCCUUGAUGCCGCCGUGAUAGGCGUGAACAAAGAUGGGGUAGGCGAGGUCCCACGCGCCUUCAUCGUGCGCUCUCGCGACCCAUCCGUGCGCCGUCUAACCGGCGAGCAAGUUUACAAUUAUGCACGCCAGCAGCUGGCCAGAUACAAAGCUCUCGAUGGAGGUGUCGUAUUCGUGGAAGAGAUCCCGCGCACUGCAAGUGGAAAGAUCCAGCGCUUCAAGCUGUCCCAGAUGAACUCGUACCGUGAGAUGGUGGCGUCCCUGCUUUCCCGGUUCGAAGGUGACGGCUCUGCUGCAGCCACCGCGGCCCGACGUGGACUACCCGCUGCGGCUGAGAUGUCGCCUGUUACUCUCAUUCCUGAGGGACGAGUUGCAGUCUAA